UAUACAUUAAAUAUAUUAAUCCAUAUACAAAAUGUAAUAAGAAUUUGUGUGGUCAAUAUUCUACUAUUCAGCCAGCCACAAUCGACCCACGUUGAACGAUUCAGCUUCACUUCAGCCCGAUGUGCAUGGCAGCCCAAUACGAAUCAUUCCAUGGCGGGGUUAGACGAGUUAUAUUGACUUGAAUGCCCCUCGAAUUUGGAGUCCGGAAUACUUCAACACUGCUUGUAACCAUGUCGUCUCAGGACAAAUUCACCCUCCACGACCAACUGGCGCAUGGUCAGUAUGUAAUCGAACAUACGGAGCCACAGAAUGCAAAUGCAACGGACGGCAUAAUCGACCACAAAAUAUGGUUCAGCUCUGGAGAACUCAGCCAGGACAUCAUCAAGCGCAUCGACAGUGUCCAGCUGAUUGCCAAAUCGAAUGAUCAAAACUAUGUCACCAAUCCUUCUGUUGGAAACUGGACUUGGUUUGAGUUGGCUAUCUUUGAACAGGAUGCAGACAAGCCCAAGGAAAAGAACGGAGCUCAGCUGGUAUGGAUGAGCCAUCCGAAUAGGUUCUGGACUGGCACUCCUGGAUGGAAAGAAGGAAAGGUCUUUGGUCGAGAUCACGACUUGGUCAAGUUUCUUGAAAAAGACGACAAGAUCGUCGUCCGUCUGAGUGCUCGCUUUGGUGGAUGGACACUCGAAGCCAAAGAAGCAAAGUUGGUUUUCAACAUUGGCCACAAACAAGCCAUCCCUCAACCCAUUCCUCUCGAGGCUACUGAAAGGCCUGUCAUUUCGUUUCGAACGGGAGAGGACGAAAAAUUCCGCCAAAUGCUGGCAUUGAACGAGUCUCAACCAAAUUCAGACACUGGCCCAUUCCAACUGGUCCUCACGUAUCAGGGCUUCGCACCCUAUCCGCGUAUUUCAAUCCUCGACAAGUGUCCUCCUAGUCGAGACAAUCCAGAGAGAUGUGCCACUCACCUCUUAGUUGUCGUGGACGCCGACUAUCUCCGGAAUAAAGACAUUAAAAUCGGUAAUCUGUCAUGGGAUCAGACUCUGGAAGAUGUUUCGAACAAUUUUCUGAAAGAGAGCGACUAUGCAGCCGUGCUCCAGGGCUGCCAUGUCGUCGUUCGCCUGGGAUAUGAGGGCGUCAUAUACAAAGGGCCAACGGACCAAGUCCCGAUGUUUGUGUUUGAGCCUUCCAAGGCAGAAGGAAGUUUCCUUCAGUCCUGCACGGCCCUCAAUCAGGACCAAAAAGAAACACUGAACAAAGAACUCAAACUCCGGUUUCUGGGUGGACUGACGGCCUCGCUGGCCCAAGAGUCCGCCCAAUCCGCCAGGAACCUGGGCAAAACACAGCUCAGAGAGGCAGUCACCACUGGUCUCAACUGGGCCCGUCGGUUUGCAUCGAUUCAGCUGUCAAUGACAGAAAUAGCUCAGCCGAGCAUCUAUGAGAUGAAAUCCAGGACAGGAGCUGACCCAAUCCUGAUCACUGUCAAUACUGAACCGACCGGUCCAGAGACCAGCACGAGGAAACAGUCGUUGAUCUUCAAGAGUUUGUCACGGAAGCCGGAAAAGAUUGCCCGGGAGAUUGUGCAAAAGGGACUCAAAGAUGUCUUGUCUUAUAUUCCGACUGCUCACUUUGGCCAUAUGACCACGGUGGAUCGGAAUGAAAUCGAUGGCUUCCGACACCUGGCCAGUACCAUCGAGAAAUAUCUAAAAGGGAACGACGCCAAACCGCUAUCCAUUGCGGUAUUCGGCCAGCCUGGCGCGGGAAAGUCGUUUGGCAUCAAGCAGGUGGUCAAGUCUGUUCUGCAAGACCAGGGAUAUCCAAAAGAACAGACAGAACCGCUGGAGUUCAACCUGUCUCAGUAUCUACAGACUCUCAACUUGACCGUGGCAUUCCAAACCAUUCGAGACAAAUCUGUGGAGGGGGAGAUGCCAGUUGUUCUGUUUGAUGAGUUUGAUAGCCAGGAUCUGAGAUGGCUGGAACACCUUGUGCCGGCGAUGAAAGACGGCAUCUUUACUGAUGAUGACCAGACGAAGCGACCUCUUGGGCGAGGCAUCUUCAUCUUCAUCGGUGGCACCUGCAGGACGUUCGAAGAGUUCAAAACAGGCGCGAAUGAGCCCCCGCCCCAGUCCCAGCCCCCGCCCCCAGCUGCAGAAGAGCCAGUUGAAGAACCCGCAGAGGAUGUCAUAACAUCUCCAACUAAAGCAAGCUAUCUCAGAUACACGCUGCCAUCGAAGUUUGACUCAGAAAAACUGACUUCUGUCUUCCACACCAUCCGGGAUGAAACCUUGUCAAAGAGGCUUCCCAUUGUGUUUUUCGAGGAUAUCGACACUGCGAUCGAAACAAAAGUUCAGACGGAAGACGGGGAGACAAUUAAUAUUACGAAUCUUGGAUGGCUGAGAUAUUUCCUGGCUCCCAUGCAGGAUGCCAGAUUUCUGGAUGACGGCCGGCAGCGACCUCUGGGUGGUGGCAUCUUCGUGUUCAUCCAGAAGAAUUCCCCCAGUCCUCCCCUCGAGCGAGAAAAGUUCGAGCUGUUUCCCAAGCUGCAUGCGGAUGAGGAUGUGGCACCUUCAUUCUCGCAUCAUUUUAAACUUGCCAAAGGACCAGACUUUGUGAGCCGACUGCGAGGAUACAUUGACAAGCCUCAGGACAAAGACCAGGAGCCAGACGUCAAGUACGUCAAGCGGGUGAUUGGGGAGUAUCUGGCCGACAAGAACAGGAGCAAGCCUCUCUCCAUUCUUGUCCAUGGCGAGGGUGAAUAUAGCACCGAAAAGAUCAAAGAUGCGCUGCACUCGACGGGUGCAUUCGACGUCACUGGCUCAGGGAUCAAAGAUCUCACUGUUCCACUGCCAUCUGAUUCUCCUGCAUCGCCUACACCAGGCACUACGACAGAUCUCAAUGCUCUCAAGACCAGCUUUGUGGAAAUUAUCAACGAGAAUUUUGUUGAUAUCAUCGGACUGAAUCCAGUUGAUAAAGACGACGUGAUGGUGACCGUCCGACGCGCAAUUCUCCUCCAAAGCCUGCUCUCACGGCGUCUUCCAAAAGGGAAAAAGCUCAACAUCGCAGAAAGCAUCCUCAGUGCAUUGCUAUAUGUGAAGCGGUUCCACCAUGGCGUGCGUUCUCUUGAGGCUAUCCUCGGCAUGAGCAAGUUGUCCACCUAUACAGAAGACGAGGGAUUCCAGGAAGCAGCCCUUCCAAACAACCAGCAACUCGCAUUGCAUGUGGAAGUGCAGAAAUUCAAGGAGAAGCUCAGGGAAGAUAAUACCUCGACUAUCGCUGGAGGCAAUACAGGACCUGAUGCAGCUAUAGGCCAGCUAUACUCCGAAUUCAACAUGAUGAGCUUCAGCGCUGGAUCGGCAAUCAGCAAAGGAGAAUAGAUAGUAUUGCAGUUUAGCUAGAUAUCAAUCUAUACAUAUCCCCU